UCGUGUAUUCGUCAGUACGACAGUAAAUUCGCCUAAACAGCUGUACAAAUAUUUAUUACGCGAAUGCGAAAAGCUGCCAAAACAUACACAGCAAUUUUACAAAAAUUCCGUGAAACAAUUAUUAGAAACAUAUUUUCAGAGCUUCAAACAACAUGCUUUAGAGACUGAUGAAGAACGCGUGCAACAGAUUAUGGAACGUGCACUAUUAGAUGCCAAGUGGGUGAUACAAAAGUAUAGUCAACCAGGUACCACUCCAACACCCAAAUAAAUUUAUGAUACUCAGAUAAAUUGGUAUAUAUAUAUAAGAUACAAGAUAUUAGUAUUAGUAUUAGAUAGAAAAAAAUGGACUUUGAACAAAUUGCUAAUGAGAGCACUAAUGGCAGUGCCUCCCAGUUUUGGAAAGCUAUUUCAAUUUGGAUGAGAAAUCCUCAUGCUAUAAACCGCAGAAUCUUAAUAUCUCGAGAAUUAUUAGCAAUUGAAAUAAAUUGCAGUGUUUUGGAUAUUUUUGAACACAUUGCCAAGUUACAGAUACAACCUGAUGAUUUUGAGAAUGAUUCACCUACAGAAAGCCAAAAAUACCUAUUAGAAACGUUGAAUAUUGCAGAAUAUUGCCAAUCAUUGGAACAUUUGGAUCCGAUUGAGAAAUUAAAUGAUGAUAAAGUUUAUUUGUACGUGAAAAAAUUAUUACCACGCAAUAUGCAAUUGUUUUCACCGAUGUUGGAGCUUACGUUCGUCGACAAGAGAUCUACCAGCGUUUUUAGUCUUCAUAAAAAUAUCAUUCAAGACAAACAGUCUCUAGGUCCAAAUACAGCCUACAGUAUACAAUACCACGAGUGCGGCACUACAAGUAUAAGUAUGCAAAAAACGGAAGAUCGAGAUUACAGUAAAAGCUGCGAUUGGUUCAGAUCCAAGUUCUUACCUCGUUUCAUUAAAUGGAUGAUGAGUGAGAACAAUAACGUUGGCCCGAAGAUCAGUUCUCUCAGCCUAAUUUCCGCCGAGAAAUACACCAUGCUGUACAAUCGAUUGAAGGAGAAGUACGGUACCGAAAUGGUGAAAGUGUGGCCUGAGAACACAGACCCGAUCAAGUUCGUUUACGAGGAUGUCGCGAUUGCAACGUACCUGUUACUGUUGUGGGAAAAGGAGAGAUCAGAGAAGGGCACGCAAAAGUUGCAAACAUUCAUAGAUUUCGGUUGCGGGAACGGCCUCCUUGUUUACAUCUUGUCGAGCGAAGGUCACAUGGGAAUGGGAAUCGAUUUGCGCAAGAGAAAGAUCUGGGAUCUGUUUCCAAAAAGCACUCAUUUGCAAGUCAGCACGAUCGUCCCGUCCUCUGACACGGUCUUUCCUGACGUGGAUUGGAUCAUAGGCAAUCACUCGGACGAACUCACCCCGUGGAUCCCCGUGAUCGCCGCACGCAGUUCCUACGAGUGCCGGUUCUUCCUGCUGCCCUGUUGCGCCUACGAGUUCGACGGGAAAUACCGGAGAUGCAAUGCCGCCGAGAGUCAAUAUUCAGAGUACAUGUCCUAUGUGAGAAGCGUGUGCGAAGCUUGCGGCUUCGUCACGCAAGUGGACAGACUGCGGAUUCCGUCGACGAAGCGAACGUGUUUCAUCGGCUGGCAAAGGAACUACGCGAGAGAGAAUAGCGAGGCACUGGACGCUACCAUCAAGAUGAUCAUAAACGCACGACCAGCAAGAGCGACGCCUCAAGGCGAUACCACGAGCGUAGCGACAGAAGAUAGCGGCCUGUGGUCUGCGAGCUUCAAGCCGCGCAGUCCGACGGAACGAACGCGAAAUUGCACGCAGCUGGACAAAGACCUGGUCUUGCGCAUCGUCAACGAGGUCGCGGCACAUCUGCUACGCACGGAGCGCAGGAUACCGCUGGAGCGGAGGCCUGACAAAACGUGGAACGCUGGCCGGCAGAUCGACAUCAGUGAAGUGGCGAAGCUGAUAGCACCCGAGAUGCUGCAGCAACUACGACACGAGUGCGGAGGCCUGCAGACUUUGCUGAAGAAUCAUAGUCACAUCUUUCGCGUGGCACAGGGGAAGGUGCAGUUCAGGAUCCCAGGCAAUAUACAAAAAGUUGUCGUCGACAGCAAGGCGAGGAAGAGCAGGAGAAGCGGCGGCGCAUCUGCGAGGAAGGUGAAGCCCUGUUGGUUCUACAAGAAUCAUCCUGAUGGUUGUCCGGCUCUCGAAGUCGACUGCGACUUUCAGCACUGAGUUCCUUUUUAUAUAUAUAUAUCUCGCAGAAGAUUGUAAAUCCAGAUUUGUGUGUACGGUCAGAUACGACGGUGUAUAUAACAACGCGUUUUUAUUUUAAAUAAUUGCGACUGUCAUUUGCGUGUGUCAGCAUUUAAAGUAGAAAGAACGCGCGCAAUCGAGGCGCCAGUUCGAAACGCACAAUCAGCGAACUGUAUCGACUCGUAGGUCGGCAAAUAUAAAAUGUCAUAACAAUAGUCAAUUAUAAACAGUGUUAAAUUACGCCUCGAGAGUACGCAGGAAUUGUUCUAACAGCGUCACACUGAUAUACGCAUGUCGUAUACAUCUUAACGCGCUUGAAAUCUCUUCUUGUUUACAGCGCUUCUAUAUUACAAGCUACUACUAUAUUA